GCCACCACCAGCACCCGACUAUAAAUACUCGCCGCCUCCCACCACCCUCUUCCAUCGUUUCUCCCCCCUUCUACCCAUCGUCUGCCAAAUUUACCCAUUUGCACAUUAUUUCUUCCAUUCGUUUCUUUACUCAUAUCGGCUCUAUACUAGAAGCGUUUGUGACAUUGGCAACGCAUUGUUUCUUUGUCUAUCAUACUCUACACUGGGCACUUACACUUACACAUAUCACGGUGGUCUUUGCGUUAUUCCACCAAGAUCACAUAUUCAUACACAUUUCCGCUCCGUUUGCACUCCAUUGUCUCUUCUUUACGCCCCUUGGAUGAACCAAAGACUCUUAUAUCAUGGCGAGAGCGCCUCCUGCCCAUCCCCGUGACACGUCACGGUCGUCCUCCAACCGGGAUAACAGUGAAAGCUCCCACUCCCGCGCCAAAAGAAGCCCCAAGCCUCUGGACAGUUCAUACAAACCUCGCAAGCGCAGCAGACUCUCUGUUGGCGCUCCUGAGCCUGGUAGCAGUUAUCAGUGGGCGAGCUCUUCGGCACAGCCGAUGACGCCACUGACCCCCCAUGGCCACAGUCAAUCACCUGGGUAUCAGCCGCGAGCAUUUCCCGAAGAAUAUAUGCCUUAUCCACAGGAUAUUGGCGAAUCUGAGCAGCAGGUUUAUGUCCAGCCGUUUUCCCAGGGUAUGGAAGCGGAUGGAAUCGCCACGGGGCGAGAUCCAACCAAGGCUGGCUUCACCUCCAUCGGGUCCUGGUGCGAGCCAGACUCAUCCGAUAGACACAGACGCGAAACACCAACCAUUUUGCCAGCCCAAACGCCGUCCGUGUCGUCUCGACGAGAGGGCCUGCUCAGCCCGUCACCUGAGCCGCCUUCACCGAGACCAGGGCUCCUGUCCCACCGGUAUCACUUCCACCAUGAAGGGGAGAGCGAGCAGGACAGGAUCAAUAAGACUUGGUACCUCGAGGGCCGAGCAAAAAUGGACUCUCAGCUGGCAAACGCCAUGGAAUACAUUAAUGCCAUGAGGUUGACUGCCCAACAAAAGCAGCCGAAAUAAAAAUUGGCAAACGCGGCUUCACUGGAUCAAUUGUCCAGAUUGUGCUUUUUCUGCUGUUUUUUCUUGAUUUUUUCUUUAUUCACUUUUCGUUCGGGGCGUUCUUCUUUUCUCGCCAGCGGGCUGGUUCGACUAUAGACUGGAUAGACUUGGGUUAAUGCGUUUGCUUGUACUGUAUUCUCACCGCUGCAAUAAUAUUGACUGAUUGGCUUUUUUUUCUUUUUGUUGAGAAUUGUCGCUUUCUCUUUUGUUACCAGGGACCAGGGAGUUGCCCUGGGCAGAGGCCUCCUCCUUCCGGCGAGCUCGGUGGCUCUUGUGAGCCCGCCUGCAGAACACAGACAGCCUUGGGGAACGCCUGACGACGCAACGUGCAGCUGGUACCCCCAGACGUCAGUGUAGAGCAAAACCUGUCUCCGCCUCCCUUCAUCUCCCUUCAAUGAACAGCACAAAAAGUAACCGGAGUAAUCGUGGGCUGUAUAUGCCGUAGAAGUAAAUGGAAAGCCAGCAGCAACAUGGGCCGUGGAGGUUACGACUCGACUGGCGUGGGGGAUUUGCAGGUGCCCGCCAGCUGGCGGCGAGGCGGACACCUGGCGCGCGAACCUGCCUGCCAAAAGGCCUGAGGCAUCUAUGCAUCAGCCUUAAGAUCUCUGCAGUGUGCAGGAGAUCAGGUGAUGGCUAGGUUUUUUUUUUCGUUUUUGUGCUUCCCCUUGGCCACAAAGGUCAGAGAAUCGCCGUGCCCGCCUCUAUUUUACGCUGAAGCUACUGGAUACGAGGUUCAAUGCCGCCUUUGUAGCCUGCCACUGUGCCUUUGUCUCCUAGGCCCUUGACGGAACGGUCCGCCUAAUGGUUUGGCAAGCCGUUAGUGGAGUCUGCCCUAACAGGCUGGCCGGGAUUGUUGCGAUCAACUGCCGAAGCCCAUGAAACGGUCCAGAACCAGACGACCUCAGGGAUGUUUAUCCGCUCGUAGAUGGAAGAAAAAAAGGGUCUAGAAUAAGGCAUGUUUGCGACUAGAAUACGAGGUAUUGAGUCUAUUUUUUUUGUCUUUGAUUUCUUUGAAAAGAGAAAGAAAUGGAGCUGAAUUAUGCUAUAGGAUGCUAUAUGCCGUGUCUAUCAAUUGCAAGUGUAUGGCCGCUCACCAUCACAAGGAGUUGCAAAAUUAUAUAUACAAAAUUUCGUAAUGAAAUACAAAAACAAAUUCUAUAUCGGCUUGGAAGUCUGCAUUGUUUCCUUGAGCCGUGGAAUUAUGGAUUGCUGAGAAUGCCUGCCGCUGCUGUCUCAUCGCGACUUUGCUUGAGGAAAGCUACCAGUGGAGUGCCACCAGUGCCAGUCAACUCCUCGCUGCUCGCCGAUUUGGAGGAAGAACUGGCAAGAUUUUGAAGUGAUUUGCCUGUCCAAGGCUGUUUGGAAGGCAAAAUAAUGUACCGAGUAACGAUCUGGAUAUGCUUGUUGCGAAAGUUGGUCAAGGUGUCCGUGGCCGCCGUGAAGGCAUCGCGCAGGAUUUGCUGGUCUGGUGUAACAUCGGGUGAGGUAGACAUGGCAAACUCUCGAAUACUUCCAAGCUGCUCAACAUACACCAAGAAGCGACGGUGAGGUCCUGGCAUGUAGUCGCGCACCUCCCUGUGGAAAUUGGGGGCACCGUGGCUAGUGUGUUCGACGCCGAGAAUAACGUCAAAGAACUGAAUAAGUGAGCUCUGUCCAUUGCUACCACCACGAAGCUGUUUCCAUUCGCCCUUGCCACUACCCUCGUCGUAAAAUACGCCGCGAGGUAGACCAGCAUUGCCCAUGUUCUUGCUUCCCGCCAGAAAAGGGCGGAUACGAUGGUAAAAAGUCAUGGGAUCACACUUCUCGUACAUUCUCUCCAGAAGACGGCCGACCUUCUCGAUGCAUUCGCGUAAUUGGUAAAGAGCAUCCGUGAUGAGUGCAUAGUCUCUGGUCUUGAUAGCGUGGACGGCGCGGACCAUGACGUCCAGGAUACCUGCAGCCUUGGCCUCCAUGGCGGCGGAAAUGAGUAGGAACCAUGAUUCGGAUUCGGUACCAGUAAAAGAAAACAGUGUCUGCAGGUUGUCUAUUUCGGAAAAGUCAUUGGAGGUAGAAGUAAAGUUCCAAAGGUUGGCGCCAGCGUAUGUGAGGACUGGAGGAAGCUCGACAUGUUCCGAGACGCGCAGAAACGGAACGCUGAUUUGAGGCGGCAGGAUUUCUUCUGGCUUAUCACCCCCCCAGACAUAGGCGUUGGUGAUGUAUGCUAGCAUAGAGUAUGCUCUACGCCAUUCCGCCUCACCAACAAGGGCGUCGGUACUAAUAAUGGGAAGCUUGGCGACUCUUUCUCGGAUGCUGCCAUUAUCAAUGAGUGACGGCAGAUCUUUGGCAAUGUCCUCCCAUGGCUGAUAUGAAGGGUGCUCCAACUUUGUAGCUGGGCUAUCCUCGGGAAGAAAAGCGUUCCUUGUGACACCGAAUUUGGCGCGAUCUAUGCUUAGCGUCGAUUCAUCAGCGAUGGCGUGUGGUGACAUUGUGUGAAGGCUGAAGCUGCUAGCCUACAAACUUGGGUAUAUAUAGGCUAGGGUGUUGGAGUGGAGGAUUGAAGAAAGCUGGAUGAUGGAGAAGGGAAAAAGCUGGGAGGGGAGAGGUGAAGAGAUGAUGAAAAGCAUAAACUGGCUUCGGAAGACUGCGCAAAUUUACACCGCAAUGUACGGGACUUUAAGAAACGCAAAGAAGUGGAAGCGAAUGACAUUAUCACCCGUUCCGAACUUUACAAAAAACAUGCGAAACUUGGCGUCACAUCUUCCUCCGUCGGGGAGG